CACCCUCUUUCCCCCUUGUGACAGCUCGGGGAAUGGCGGAGCCCGAGCAGGCCCGUCCAGGAAAGGAGUCCGGGGGCAGUGAAAGCACGGAAGCCUCUCACUCCCUGCUGCCCCCCGUCAGCCCCGGACGGUCUUCCCGCCGACGCACCACCAGCCAGUGCAAGUCAGAGCCCCCCUUACUCCGGACCAGCAAGCGAACCAUCUACACGGCCGGGCGCCCACCAUGGUACAACGAGCACGGGGCGCAGUCCAAGGAGGCCUUUGUGAUCGGCCUGGGAGGUGGAAGCGCGUCGGGUAAAACCACCGUGGCCAGGAUGAUCAUUGAAGCUCUGGACGUGCCCUGGGUGGUCCUCCUGUCUAUGGACGCCUUCUACAAAGUGCUGACAGAGGAGCAGGAGGCUCGGGCCGCCAACAACGACUACAAUUUCGACCACCCAGACGCCUUUGACUUCGACCUGAUUAUCAAUACUCUGAAGAAGCUGAAACAGGGAAAAAGCGUGAAAAUCCCAACCUACGACUUUACCACCCAUAGCCGCCACAAGGAGUGGAAAACCUUGUAUGGAGCCAACGUGAUCAUCUUUGAGGGGAUCAUGGCCUUCGCUCACACGGAACUCCUGAAGCUCUUAGACAUGAAGAUUUUCGUGGACACGGACUCUGACAUCCGCCUGGUGAGACGGCUCCGCAGAGACAUCUCCGAGCGAGGCCGAGACAUCGAGGGCGUCCUCAAGCAGUACCACGCGUUCGUGAAACCGGCGUUUGAUCAGCACAUACAGCCCACCAUGCGCCUGGCAGACAUUGUGGUGCCCAGAGGCAGCGGGAACACGGUGGCCAUCGAGUUGAUUGUGCAGCACGUACACAGCCAGCUGGAGGAGCGGAAGCUCCGAUGGGACAUGGCGGCUCUGGCGUCUGCCCACCAGUCCCAUCCCCUGCCACGUACCCUUAGCGUGUUGAAAGAGACCCCGCAGGUCAGCGUCAUGCACACUAUCAUCAGGAAUAGAGAAACGAGUCGGGAUGAGUUCAUUUUCUAUUCCCGGCGUCUGAUGCGUCUCCUCAUUGAGCAUGCGCUCUCCUUCCUGCCAUUCCGGAGCUGCACCGUUCAGACUCCGCAAGGACACGACUACCACGGACGGACGUAUGACGGCAAACGGGUGAGUAUCACCGGGGUCUCCAUAUUGCGAGCCGGAGAGACCAUGGAGCCGGCGCUAAGGGCCGUCUGCAAAGAUGUCCGGAUUGGAACCAUCCUCAUCCAAACCAACCCCAGCACUGGGGAGCCAGAGCUGCAUUACUUGAGGCUUCCGAAGGAUAUCAGCGAGGACCACGUUAUCCUGAUGGACUGCACGGUGUCCACAGGGGCCGCUGCUAUGAUGGCUGUCCGGGUGCUGCUGGACCACGAGGUUCCGGAAGAAAAGAUCUUCCUGCUGUCUCUGCUCAUGGCCGAGCUGGGGGUGCACUCCGUGGCGUACGCGUUCCCCCGCGUCCGGAUCCUCACCACCGCCGUGGACAAGAAGGUCAAUGACAUGUUUCGCAUAAUCCCAGGAAUCGGUAAUUUUGGGGAUCGUUACUUCGGGACGGACGCCCCUGCAGACUGGAGCGAUGAUGAUGACCCGGCUUGACCCACUCGCACCGCAGACCCGCCGCCCCUCUGUAAUAACUGCCCCUGGGUGGGAUUCUGCCCCAGCGAUUGUGUUUUACAAUAAAUUUAAAAAGGA